UAAAGUGCUCUUCUUCUCCCAUAGAGAGCUCUACCACAAACUUCUAGCUUCGGUGAGGUCGAGAGUUCAAUUUUUUUUUUAGAAUUUAGAGAUAAUCGAGCAGGUUCAUAAAAAUUUCUACGGUCCCUUCUUUUUUCUUUUUUAUUACUUCUGCUACCUUAAACCCCCUCUCUGUAAUUUUUUGUCUUCUCCGAGAAAGAUUGGACUUUUAGUUCCAAUUUCAUAGGAAAUUUUGAGCUUUUUCUUGGUAGAUUGAAAUUACAGAAAGUAUAUCCGGAUCCCUUCUUUUUCGGGGUUUUGAUCUUAAUUUUUCUAAAAAAAUUUCUGUAGUUUUGUUUAUUUCAGCCAGGAGAGGGUCUGUUUUUCUGAACCCUUCAGGCUAGUAUUCUCCUUAGAUCAAAAAGAGGCAUCUUUUAACUACCUCUUACUUUUUUAUCUUCUUCUCCUCUAUCUCUCUUUUUGUAUCCUCAAGCUUAUUCAUGGCUGCAGCUAUAGAUAUGUAUAAUAGCAGAACAGUCAUCUCCUCAACAGAGGAGCUUAUGGAAGCACUUGAACCUUUUAUCAAAGAUGCUUCCUCUUCUCCUUCUUCUUCUUCUAUCAAAGACACCUCCUUUGAUCCUUCCUCUGUUUCUCUUUCACAUCUCCCUUACUCCUCUGCUCACUCUCACCACUAUUCCGUUUAUCCUCCAACACCUCCCCAAAAUCCCAACUUUGAUUACUUUCCACCAUCCAUGUCAAAUCCCGAGAUUACCCACCAUGGAUUUCUGAGCUUAGAUCAGCCCAUCGGGCUCACCCACCUCGGACCCGUCCAGAUCCAGCAGAUCCAGGCCCAACUCCAGCUCCGCCACCACCACAACCUCCUCUCCCCGCGACCGCAGCCCAUGAAACUCACUGGCACCGCCGCCAUCUUACCAUCCAAACCGACUAAGCUGUACCGCGGGGUGCGGCAGCGCCACUGGGGCAAGUGGGUCGCCGAAAUCCGCCUCCCUAAGAAUCGCACUCGCCUCUGGCUCGGCACCUUCGACACAGCAGAAGAGGCGGCCAUGGCAUACGAUAAGGCCGCCUACCGUCUUCGCGGUGAAUUCGCACGCCUCAACUUCCCCCAUGUGCGUCACGAUGUCGCCGGCGGUCAGCUCCACUCUUCCGUCGACGCAAAGCUUGAGGUUUUUUGUAAGAACCUUGGCAACUCGUUGAAAAAGGAAAGUUCACCUCCGGCGCUUGAUUCGUCCGCCGGCGGUGUGGAGGAUAGCAAAUCGGAGAUGUCCUCGGAAGGAGAAGUGUCCUCCCCUGUUUCAGAAAUGGAGACUUUGGAUUUUACGGAAGCUCCAUGGGAUGAAUCUGAGAAAUUUAUGCUGACAAAGUAUCCGUCAUGGGAAAUCGAUUGGGAUUCUAUACUCUCUUAGUUGUUACUUAUGUGUUUUGUUUUGUUCUACGUUUGCUUUUUGUUUUAGUUUAUGGAUCCUGCAAAUGAAAUUUUAAACAUUAGCAGGGCUCAUGUUUUAGUUAGGUCUUCUCACUGGUUUGCUGGUUUUUUCUUGGCCUCACCAGUGAGGGAUAGUGUGUUAGUCAUCAAAUGUGUAGGUCUGUAACUAUAUUUUUAUUAAUUUCUCGGUAUUCGCUUUAA